AUGGGAGGCGUUCGUGAAAAAAAAGCUGAGUACUUUACCAAGUUGAGAGAGUUGCUCGAAGAGUACAAGUCUAUCUUCGUUGUUGGUGUUGACAAUGUCUCUUCCCAACAAUUGCACGAGGUUAGAAAGUCCUUGAGAGGUAAGGCCGUUGUCCUUAUGGGUAAGAACACCAUGAUCAGACGUGCUAUCCGUGGUUUCUUGUCUGACUUGCCAGAGUUCGAGAAGUUGUUGCCAUUCAUCAGAGGUAACGUUGGUUUCAUCUUCACCAACGACAACUUGCCAGAGAUCAGAGAGGCUAUCUUGUCUAACAGAGUUGCCGCUCCAGCUCGUGCCGGUGCCAUUGCUCCAGAUGAUGUCUGGGUUCCAGCUCAAAACACUGGUUUGGAUCCAUCCAAGACCUCUUUCUUCCAAGCUGUUGGUUUGCCAUCCAAGAUUGCCAGAGGUACCAUUGAAAUUACCUCCGACGUUAAGGUUGUUGAGGCUGGUAACAAGGUUGGUCCAUCUGAGGCUUCUCUUUUGAACUUGUUGAAGAUUUCUCCAUUCACCUACGGUUUGACUAUUGUUCAAGUCUACGAUGAUGGUCAAGUCUUCCCAGCUUCUAUCUUGGAUAUCACCGAUGAUGAGUUGGUCAGCCACUUUGUCUCUGCCAUCAACACCAUCGCUUCUGUCUCCUUGGCUAUCAACUACCCAACCUUGCCAUCUGUUGGUCACUCCGUUGUCAACUCUUACAAGGACUUGUUGGCUGUUGCCAUCGCUUCUAAGUUCAUCUUCCCAGAGAUUGAGGAGUUGGCUGACAGAAUCGAGAACCCAGACAAGUACGCUUCUGCUGCUCCAGUUGCUGCUGCUGCUUCCGGCUCUGCUGAGGCUGCUCCAGCUGAGGCUGCUGCUGAGGAAGAGGAGGAAUCCGAUGAUGACAUGGGUUUCGGUUUGUUCGAUUAA